GUUUCCUCCCGCUGGUUGACAAAAGGGAAGAUGUUAUCUGUCAGCUGGAGCAACGGAUUGCCAGACUUGAAGGAGUCCUCCAUUUGGAAAAGAUGAUGAUAGCAUCGGGAGGAAAAGUGUUUGCUACCAAUGGGAAAAAGGCUGAUUUCCAUACUGCACUGAAAGAAUGUGAAGAGGCUGGAGGGUCUAUUGCCACUCCGAGGAACCCAGGCGAGAACGAUGCUGUUCUGUACUUUGUGAAACGUUUUAAUACCUAUGCCUACCUGGGCAUAAAAGAAUCUGCAAUUCCAGGCAAAUUCCAGUUCGUGGAUGGUACCCAACUGAGCUAUACUAACUGGCAUUCAAAAGAACCUUCUGGCAAAGGGGAAGAGGAAUGUGUGGAGAUGUACACUGAUGGCACUUGGAAUGACAAGAGAUGCAACCAGAAUCGCCUUGUUGUCUGUCAGUUUUAG